GAAGAGUUGCGUCCUAAAGAUAUACCAGCAAUUCAUAAACAUACGAUCAUGGCAGAAACCGUUGUGAAAGUGUGGAGAACUUGUAUGGUAAAACCAGCUAUCUCAUCUCCAACACAGACCCUCUUCCUCUCCAGCUUCGAUCUUUUAUGGAUACCUGCACCUAAUGUUCAAAACAUUUUCUUCUACAAACUCUCUCCUUUAACUGAAUACACUUCAUUGAUACAAGACCUAAAGAAAAGCCUCUCCUCUGUUCUGGUGUAUUUCUAUCCUCUAGCUGGUCGGUUGAAAAAAGGAGAAUCGGGCAGAACAGAGGUUGAUUUGACAGACGGAGGAGUGGAAUUUAAGGAGGCAUCCAUCAGUGUACCGUUGGAAGAUUUGGAAAAAGAUGGGUUUCGAAAGCUUGGCCCUGAGGUCAAUCUCUCUGCGGAUGAAAACUAUAAUAGACCGCUUCUGUCAAUACAGGUCACAGCGUUGGCGGGAAGCGGGAUGUGCAUCGCAGCCACCCAUUCUCAUGUUUUAAUGGAUGGAAAAUCCUUUUUCCAUUUCAUGAAAUCGUGGGCAGAGUUUAGCAGAGGCCUUCCCAUUACCAAACCUCCUCAGCACGACAGAACCAUUUUCAAGCCAGAAAAUAAGAACUCCCCGUCAAUUUUCUUCAAAGCCCACGAUAUUGUAAGCGUUGGGAUUAGAGGGGCCAAGAUUUUCAAGUUUGUAGCUGACGAGUCACAGUCAGAGCACAAGAACGAGGGGAAACACGACGACCAUCUUCCGAAAACGACGGAUAUGAUACAUUCCACGUUUUGUUUCACGGAAGAGAUGAUGGAAGAGCUGAAACAAGAAAGCAGAGCUUCAACCUCUUUUGUUGCAGUAGCUGCUCACUUUUGGAGAUGCGUAAUGAGAGCUCGCGAGGUACCACAGGAGGAGGCCGUUUAUUUCUCAGUGUUAGCUGAUUGCAGGGGACGUGUUAAUCCACCUCUUCCGCAUACUUAUUUUGGAAACUGCCAAUCUUUAGGUUUGGUGCAGACUACAGCCCACACACUUUUCAAUGCCGACAUAUCCUUCGCUGCGGAUGUUAUCCAGCAACUUAUCAGGUCCUGCACUGAGGAAGCACAGAUCAAUCAUUUGAUUGAUUGGAUUGAAUCCGGUUGGAGAUGCCGAAUUGAGAGAGAUAUUCUUAGAGAAGCCGGUUGGAAGUACGGAAUUAUGGCCGUUGCAUCUCCAAGAUUUCCAUUAUACGAUAUGGACUUUGGAUGGGGGAGGCCCACGGAUGUGCAGAUAGCAGACGAUAAUGAAAGCAUGGUUUUGUCACCUCCAAAAGAUGGAGGAAAAAGCAUUAUGGUCUCAACUUGCCUUCCUCAACACCAGAUGGACUUCUUACAUCACCUUUUAUUUUCCGGACGAGCUUAUCCAUCAGCUAAGUUGUAAAUUCAAUGUUGAAUAGUGGCUUACAUUACCAGCUCU